AUGACUAGGGGCGAACGGCGAAGGGCCAUUGAGAAAAUGUUUUGGGGUUCUGAAAACCUGUACAACUCAACCUCGCUUAGCCAGCCACAAGAGCAAGAACAAGAACAAACCUCAGCAGGCUCAUUGGAAGAAGGCCUGGCAUCGAAAAAUACAAAACACAAAGCACAUCCCCUUCAAUCAGCACUGUCGCCACAGGAAUACUGCGGUAUACCCGUGGGGGAUCUCACGAACCUUACAUGCUCCAUCUGCAUCUCUGAAUAUGAACAUGGUGAACGUCUGUACAGUUCAGGUGUCUGCGAUCACAUCUUUCACCUAUCUUGUAUUUUGAAUUGGCUAGAGCGUCGGUCCAAUACAGAAUGUCCCUGCUGCAGAAAAUCAUUGGUAUCGGAAGAUGACGUUUGGGAAACAGUCAAGGUUUCUCGAAAGGCCUCGAAGAAACCCAAAAAGGAUUCUUCAAAAAAGAAACUGAUGUUUGGCGUGAUACGCCCAAGCGAGAGGCAUGCAGUUGCCACAACAGGCAAUGCCAAAAGGGGUGAGACAGGCCUAAUGGAUGAGACAGACCCAAUGGCAGAUAGUGAAGGCAGAAGUGAACCGGAUUCCUCGCAUGAUCAUCUUGACAAUGAGCCGGCAAUCUCCGAUAGUAGUUCUCCCGUGGGAGUCUUUCGUCCUGGCAGGAGCGAUGACGGUGCUCAAUACGGUCUGCUGCUGGUUGGUGCCGACUCGAAUCAGAGCGACGCAGAUUUACCAAACACUCAUCCUGAUGAGGACCGCGGAGAGGAGGAGAAAGACGAACAACAGUCUCGGCAAGAAGGAGAUCUUCCGGUGGGUGGGCCAGAACCGUAG